GAGGGAGUUAGUGACUGAGUAAAGAGCCUAGGGUAGGGAGGCUGUAUCGCUCGGCUCCAGCUCUGUUCGGUUAGCUUAUUGCUACGAUUCCAUUUUUUAUAUAUCUCCCCCCUUCCACCCGCGUCCAACAAGUUGUUAAAAAAACCACCAGCCUUAACAGUUGGUAAAAGUGUUGUCAGUAACAAUGAAAGUGAAUAAGGUGCUUCGCUAACAACAACUUGAAGAUUUUAUGUGAGUUACAUGUUUUAAUCUGUUUCGUGUUUCCUGUGUUUGGUGAAAAAUCAGUGUCGGUGGAUGGACAUUGCAGGAAGACAGAGCCAGCGAGUUAGUUUCCAGGACGCAAGUUGUGUAACGGCGGUUUUAAGCUUAACGUGACGUCGAAGACAUUCACAGUCGAGAUUCUCCGAGUUUGGGCUUGACGUGUCAGAGAGCUGUACCAUAUUAUGGAAGAGGAAUUACCUUAGCCCAUCAGUUGAGUGGAGUUCCUGCAGCUGUUCGUCGCCCAGACCCUUGGGCCAUCGUCAUGGGGCCAGACCACCGGAGAAUCCAUUCGUAGUUCAGUGGAUACCAACACAAUCCUACAUAUUUGGUACAUUGCGCAAACCCAGCCCAGUGACAUACGACACCAGGGCGAAGAUUCUACUCAGUACGCUCUAGAAUGGCCACGGAAGGACCCGUGCUGUGUCAUCGGCUACAGUAUCACCAGGGUUGUUGGUCCGCCCCUAGGAACGCGACCGUUCAGCCCUCGUCAGCGCGGUCCGACCAUGACCACGUAGUGGCGUCGAACCGAGGGCCUGGCGGUUGUUUGACGGGAUACGUCUUAUCGCCAACGCGUGUAACCUCAGCGAUGUGACUUGGUCUGAGAACGAUUCAUACGCUAGCUGCAUGGUUUUACGUUUGUGCAUGUGUUGAUUUUAAUUAAUUUGUUGGCGUUGCUGAAUGUUCGAUGCUUGUGUGCUGUGUGGCGGACAGAGUAACGCGCUGUUAAGGUGUGGCGACAAUGACUGCGGCAAUCCGCAACAAUUGGCUGGUGCUGGUCCUGUUGGCAUCAACUGCAGUCCUUGCAGACAAAUCUUCUGAGUUCGUCAAAGGAAAAAUCUGCAUCGGGACGAACGGCCGGAUGUCCGUUCCUUCAAACCGGGAGCACCACUACAGAAACCUGAGGGACAGGUAUACCAACUGCACGUACGUGGACGGUAACUUGGAACUUACGUGGAUAAAGGACGAGAACCAGGACCUCAGCUUCCUUCAGUACAUCCGCGAGGUGACCGGCUACGUGCUCAUCUCGCACGUGGACGUUCCCCGCAUCGUUCUGCCACGACUCCAGAUCAUCAGAGGACGGACCCUCUUCAAACUCAACAUCCACGACAAGGAUUUCGCUCUUCUCGUGACACUCUCUAAGAUGUACAACCUGGAAAUGCCGGCGCUAAGAGAUAUCCUUGGCGGAAGUGUGGGUUUGUUCAACAACUACAAUUUAUGUCAUAUCAAGACCAUCAACUGGGACGAGAUCAUAACGGGGCCAGAAGCCAAGUACGUUUACGUGUACAACUUCUCAUUGCCAGAGCGAUCUUGCUUGCCGUGCCACAACAGCUGCAAACAAGGUUGUUGGGGCGAAGGCCCUGAGAACUGCCAGAGAUUCUCCAAGAUCAAUUGCAGCCCUCAAUGUUGGCAGGGCCGAUGUUUCGGCUCCAACCCUCGUGAGUGCUGCCAUCUGUUUUGUGCUGGUGGCUGCACGGGACCGAAACAGAGUGACUGCUUGGCAUGUCGUAAUUUCUACGACGAUGGCGUCUGUACUCAGGAGUGUCCGGCUAUGCAGCGGUACAAUCCAACAACUUAUUCCUGGGAAGCAAAUCCACAGGGCAAAUACGCGUAUGGGGCUACGUGUGUCAAGAAAUGCCCAGAGCAUUUGUUGAAGGACAACGGAGCAUGCGUAAGAAGUUGUCCUCCCAAGAAGAAGGCUGAAAAUGGCGAGUGCGUUCCCUGUGAUGGGCCCUGUCCCAAAACUUGUGACGGUGUCAACGAAAUACAUUCUGGUAACAUUGACGGCUUCCGGGACUGUACCAUCAUUGAAGGUUCUCUUACAAUCCUUGAUCAGUCGUUUAGGGGAUUUCAGCAAGUGUACCAUAACUUCAGUUUUGGCCCUCGGUACCAACAGAUGCAUCCGGAUCGUCUCGAGGUGUUCAGUACGCUGAAGGAAGUGACCGGAUACGUGAACAUUCAGGGCGAACAUCCUGAUUUUACAAACCUAUCAUAUUUUCGGAAUCUGGAGACUAUCGGAGGGCGAGCUUUGACUGAGUAUUUUGCUUCACUGUACAUUGUGAAGACGUCCCUCAAGUCUUUAGGUUUACGAUCACUCAAGAAGAUUCACUCUGGUAGUGUGGCCAUCUUGGAAAAUAAGGAGCUGUGCUUUGCCCAGGGCAUCUCGUGGGACAAGAUUAAGAAGUCGAGUGAACAUGAAACCAUGCUUCAGAAUAAUAAGCCACGGAGUGAUUGCGAAAAAGCAGGCCUGGUGUGUGAUGCUGAAUGUUCUGAAGAAGGGUGUUGGGGCGCAGGCCCUGAUCAGUGCCUCUCCUGUGCACAUUUUCGGCUUGGUAACCGGUGUUUGCCAGACUGUGACUCUGUUUCGGGUAUGUACAAAGCAGCAGAAGCAAAUGUGUGUAUGUUCUGCCAUGACGAAUGCAACUCGACAUGUCACGGGGCAGGCCCAGGGAACUGCACUGGCUGUAAACACGUCAAAGACGGACCCUUCUGCAUACCAGCCUGCCCCACCGGCAAGUACGACGACGCCGCAGGGGAAUGCCAGCCCUGCCACGAAAACUGUGUCGAUGGCUGCAGAGGCCCCGAGAACGCCAUCGGUCCGAAUGGCUGCAAUUCUUGUGAGAAAGCCAUCAUCAAUGGAGAUGUUAAUGUGGAGAGCUGUCUAAGGAAGAACGAAUCGUGCCCAGAUGGUUACUACUACGAGUGGGUAGGCCCACAAGAGCAAGGAGAACUGAAACCUCUGGCAGGCAAAGCCGUUUGUCGGAAAUGUCAUCCUCGGUGUCGCAUCUGCACGGGCUACGGGUUUCAUGAACAGGUCUGCCAGGAAUGUAUGCAGUACAAACGAGGGGAGCAGUGCGAGGACGAAUGCCCUCAGGAUCACUAUGCCGAAGAGGCGACUCAGGAGUGCGUCCAGUGCCAUUAUGAGUGUCGGGGCUGCCGCGGUCCCGGUCCUUCCAACUGCGAUACCUGCCGCAAUUUUAAAAUAUAUUUGGGUGGAGGAAAAGGUGACAAUUCUACGGCAUUCAACUGUACGGGCACGUGCCCUUCUGAGGUGCCCCACAAGAUUUUUUCUCAGGACGGCAAUGACGAACCAUUCUGCUCAGUUGAACCUUUUGGACAGUCUUCUAUGUUCGGGGAAACAGACAACAUGCCCGCGAUUCUGGGAGGCGUGUUGGUGUGCGUCGUGCUCGUCUUAAUCUUCCUGGCCGUGGUGAUCUGCCAGUGGCGUCAACGAGCGAAGUCCAAGGAGAAUACAGUGAAGAUGACGAUGGUAUUGACAGGCUUGGAGGACAACGAACCUUUGCACCCAACGAAUGUUAAACCAAACCUUGCCAAACUUCGGAUAGUGAAGGAGGCAGAGAUGCGCAAAGGCGGCAUCUUGGGUUACGGUGCCUUCGGCACUGUCUUUAAGGGUGUGUGGCUUCCGGACGGUGAAAAUGUGAAGAUUCCCGUAGCGAUCAAGGUCCUACGCGAAGGUACGGGUGCCAACACGAGCAAAGAGUUCCUCGAAGAAGCCUACAUCAUGGCGACAGUGGAGCAUCCGAAUCUUCUGAAGCUCCUGGCCGUGUGCAUGACGUCACAGAUGAUGCUCGUCACGCAGCUAAUGCCUCUCGGCUGCUUGCUCGACUACGUGCGGAGUCACCGGGACAGGAUCGGGUCUAAACCUCUUCUUAACUGGUGCACGCAGAUUGCCAAAGGCAUGGCAUACUUAGAAGAGAAACGCCUGGUACACCGAGAUCUUGCUGCACGAAAUGUGCUCGUGCAGACCCCAAACUGUGUUAAAAUCACGGACUUCGGUCUAGCGAAGCUGCUCGAUAUUAACGAGGACGAGUACAAGGCUGCUGGCGGCAAGAUGCCCAUUAAAUGGCUCGCUCUGGAAUGCAUUCAGCAUCGGAUAUUCACUCACAAGAGUGACGUCUGGUCUUUUGGCGUCACAGUUUGGGAACUGCUGACGUACGGAGAACGUCCAUAUGAUAAUGUUCCUGCGCGUGAUGUGCCAGAGUUGUUGGAAAAGGGCGAACGGUUGCCUCAGCCAGAAAUCUGUACGAUAGAUGUGUACAUGAUCAUGGUUAAGUGUUGGAUGCUGGACGCGGAGAGUCGGCCCAAUUUCAAGGAGCUCGCCGAUGAGUUUGCUAAAAUGGCUCGAGAUCCCGGUCGGUAUCUUGUGAUCCAGGGUGACCGUUUCAUGCGGCUUCCGUCCUACUCGUCCCAGGUACGAAAUGAUGAGAAGGAGCUUAUCUGCAACCUCUCACCAGCCGUGGAUGGACCUGAAGCCCUUGUGGAUGCUGACGAAUACCUCCAGCCUAAAUCCCGCACUCCGCUCGCACCAGCACUGACAACUUCUAGCUCCUCCUCGUCUCCGCCGCGCACGCCUGUCAAGACGUGCUGGCCUGCGGGUACACCCGUGCCUGCCGAGUCUCCUACACCGCAGAAUCAACAGAACUGGGACCGAGAGCAAAUGCGAUACGCAAGUGUGCAUCCCGAUGACGUACGCGCUACAGUGAUGCGACAUCACAACGGACAACCGGCCCAUCAUCACCAUGGUUCUGAGAGUAGUAGCUCCCGCUACUGCAGUGAUCCUCUCAAGAUGGUUGGAAACAGAGAUUGUGACGUGCCACAAGAGGACUGUUUUGAUUCUGGAGCGGUAACGGGAAACGGUCGGGAGGCGCAAGUGGGCGGACUCAAGCUGGACCUGCCACUAGACGAGGAUGAUUAUCUGAUGCCCUCAGCCCAGCAGAACCAAAAUAAUACCACGUACAUGGAUCUUAUUGGUGAUUCCAGACUACCAGACAAUGCUGAACCACGGAAUGGAGUCUUCAAGCCUGGUUUAUUCCAACUGGGUGGAAUUUCCAAAACGAGCGUCGAUAACCCAGAAUACCACAUAAUGAACACUGACAUUCCUGUGCAUCAGAACGUGGAUACAAUAGGCAUACCGACCGGCACAGACGCAACUCACGCUGCAUGCAAUGGGAACAUUGCUGGGCAGCGACCGUGUGUAAUGCAGCAGAAAUCAUCAGAAGAGGAGUCGGAUCAUGAAUAUUACAAUGACUUUGACAGGCUGCAGCGAGAGUUGCAGCCCCUGAAGCCACUACGAAGAAAUGAGACCACAGUGUGAUAGUUAAGUGAUCCUAAUGGGGAAGAAGGCGCGUGCGGAUUGCAACGCAAGGUUCAGACACGUAAUGUUACAGGAUACGUGGAACUGUGUAAAGUGAGUAGACAUCUGCUGUACUGACUUCGUCGUGUUCGUCCGUAAUCUUGGUUUGUGACUGAAAUGAACGGAACCUUCCAGAAGUUCGUUCUUGUGGUCGAAGCAGUCGUGACCACAGUGGGGCUCACAGUUACGUCAUGCUCGUGGUGAUAGUGACAGUACCAGUUUGCGGUAUCACCACCGCAUACUAUGAACGUUAAAGAAUUGACAGUUAUUUUAUCCCAUUAAUAUUACAGUUGACGGAUCAUGACGGGUGAUUGACUGUAAUAAAGAAAAGACUAAGGAAUUGUUCCUACUCAGCUUCUUUUUUCUUUUUUUUAAGAAUGCAAAACACAUCAGAACUCAAUUUUAGGGAAAUAUGAGGUAAUGAAGCCUUGAAACCCUGUUAGGAAAAUAUGAAUAGUAUUUUUAAUGAUAUCAGGAAACAGGAAUUUUUUUAAAAUCAGUUUAUAGUGCAAACAAGUCUUAUUGUGCCAUUGUGGCUUGUAUAUUGUUUUAUAUAAAACUUAUCAUCUUAUGUUUUGUGGUCAAAAUGCAUGGACAUCGCAUGCACGUUUCUUAGGAUAAGUUCUUAAAUCUCAAAAAUAUAUUUUCAAGCAGGAUGGUGUGCGGAUAGAAUUAAUCUGAAAUGGCGUUCUGUCUAAAUUAUCAGAUUGAUCAUUGACAAAAUUGUACCAGAAUCUGGAAGGUAGUAAGAAUAUUCCCA